GGAUAUAUAAUUUAAUUGGACUAGCCAGAGAAUCCCUUCUGCUUCACAACCCGUGAAAGAGUGGGGAAAUGAAAGAAAGAAAACUGUUGAUAAGGGAAAUUUUCGUGAAAAAGGUAACAGGGCUCAGUGCGGAACGACGAUGGAACCUACGCUAAAGUCGAAUUUAUACCAGCUUGGAUUCGGGAUUUCAGCGAGCUUAUCAAUAGCGACGGCUGGUGCCUGGCUCGCAUGGCCGUCAGCGGUCAUACCCAUGAUAGAAAAGGACGGUAUCCCGAUGAAAAUGACAGAAGGCGAGAUAUCGACAAUGGUCGCGUUGAUGGACCUCGGAAAUAUCCUCAGCCCCGUGCCGGCGAGCUACCUCAUGGACAAGAUCGGAAGACGUCCGACACUCAUGUCUGCUGGAGUAUGCGCGAUCAUAGCCAGCGCCGCGGUUAUGCUCGCCAACGGCGUAUGUCUCAUUUACGCGGCGAGGAUUUUCGCCGGUUUCACCAAAGGCAUAGCGUACGCCGUGUUGCCGAUUUACGCGGCAGAAGUGGCCAAUACGAAAGUCAGAGGAGGUCUGACAGCUGUCAGCAUGGUUUUUCUGACCCUCGGUACGACAGUCGACUACGCCAUCGGACCCCACUUCUCCUACCAAGCCUUGAACAUAACUAACGCAAUAAUCCCUAUUCUGUUACUUUCCACUAUUAUGUUUUUUCCCGAAUCAGUGCAUUUUUUAGCAAUGAAAGGUAAACACGAUCAGGCUUUGAACGCCCUGGCAAAAUACAGACAGGUGAAGAAGGAAAACGCUAAAGAAAAUGGACUGGAAGCGGAAUACCAAGAGGUUUCGAGAAAAGUGGAGGAAGAUAUGAGAGACAAGGGGAGGUUUUUAGACCUGAUAUCCACUCCGGCGAAUAAAAGGGCGUUGAUGAUUAUUUCCCUGUUGGCUUUUUUCCAACGUAGCACUGGAAUCAGCCCGAUAAUCGCGUACAGCACCUCGACCAUGCCGAAAGAAGGAGGUGGCCUCUCCAUAAGCGAAUACAUGAUAGUUUUUAGCGUCGUCCACGCCAUCACGGCCUACGGUGUCAUGCCUCUCGUGGACAGGCUCGGAAGAAGACCUCUAAUGCUGUUUUCCUCCUUGACCACCGGCUUAGUCACCGGGUUCAUCGGCGUCUACUACUGGAUGGAGAGAAGCGGAUACGACGUUCGGGACAUCCAGUGGAUUCCUUACGCCGGCCUCGUCUUGUUCGCGAUCACGUACGGUGCCGGGGCCGGUAUCAUACCGUCGACGAUCGUCGGCGAACUGUUUCCAACAAAUAUCAAAAGCUACGCUUCUUCAGUUUCGGCGAUAAUACUCGCCGCCGUAUCGUUCACGCUCAACAAAAUUUUCCACGUCGUAGCGAAAUCCUACGGAGCCCACGUCAUGUUCUGGUCUUUCACCGCUGCAUCCUUCCUCUGCACUCUCUUCACUUACGUAUUUCUUUUCGAGACGAAAGGGAAAACAUUCACCGAAAUUAGAGACUACAUGGCGAAGCUAUGCGAAAAAUAAACCUUCGUCAAAUAUUUCAAAAAUAAUUGGUAAAGAUCUCGUAUCAUCUUUUUUCAUAAAACAUUAAAACAAAACAAUGAAUUAAUGAUACAAAGAUGUUACCAAGUUAACAAGUGAUUUUAAAGUUUCUGUUAAAGUGAGCACAAUUAUGCUCUUAUCACAUAUUACAUGAUUCUUUAAAAAUGAUGUACCUGGCUGAAAAUAAAAAUUAAAAUAAAAUCUUGACGAUUAUUUUC